AUGGCUAAACUGAGCCCGUUCUUUGACACAUUGGAUGAUAUUAAAGAAAACAGUGACGUAAACGUAAUCGUAGCAUACCCAACCAUUUUUGGUAAUUUUACGCACAAUAUAUCGGAUGUGACUUAUUUGCAAAAUAGGGCCAACAAAUAUGGCAAAUUAGAUAUUGCCCACCAUUAUAAGAAAAUUCAGCACACCAUCAUAAGACUAUUAAUGAGGGGACAGGCAAUUAUGGAAAGUGGGUUCUAUGUGCACAAACAGAUCAUGCUCAAUUUUAUUAUCAAGCAAUUGGUGAAACACAAUAGGAAGAAAUCAUCGACACCCCGGUUAUCGUUGGAUUAUUUAUUACCACAAACUCAUAAACCUAUUAAAUUGAGCGAGAUGUUCAGGAAUGGUGUAACUUCUAAUGGGGCUAAUAAUCCUAUAGGGGGUUUAUUUAAACAGGGAGCUGACACUCUGGGACAGGGAGCUAGUUCCAUUUUUGGAGGGGCUCAGAAUUUGUUUGGACAGGGAUUAGGAGGUGGCGGCGGAAAAGUGGAUCAACACCUGAUCCGGCACUGGACCUACUGGAUAUUCGACACUACAAAUACAGUGUCAGUAAUUGAGACGAAUUCUAUGGACACAUAUGAGCCUAAUAUAGAGCUCAUACCCAUUGAACCCAUUUAUUUUAUCGAGAUCAUUUCGGGAUUAAAGAACCAGAAUAAUUAUUUAUAUGGAUUGAAACAGAUUAUGGAAAGUGGGUUCUAUGUGCACAAACAGAUCAUGCUCAAUUUUAUUAUGAAGGAAUUGGUGAAAUACAAUAGGAAGAAAUCAUCGACACCCCGGUUAUCGUUGGAUUAUUUAUUACCACAAACUCAUAAACCUAUUAAACUGAGCGAGAUGUUCAGGAAUUGUAUGGAGAGGGAAAGGUGUCCCAAAUCAUACACCUCUCGUGUGAUCAAGAGUUAUGGCGAAAGUGUAAUCGGUUUACCUCUCAAUCAAAUCUGCGGGACGGCUGCCGACCGCAAGAGUCGGUGUCCACCCUCUCGCGGCUCCAAACCCAAGAAGAAGGGCAACCAAAAGCCUAAACGCGCCGGUAGUCAAGAGCCGGUUGACCCAUCCGGAGCAUUUCAACCCGUUAGAGGUAUAUUUAACAGUGGAACUGGAGGUUUAGGAGGUGGUGACCCAUUUGGUGGCGUAAGAAGCGUGUUUCAGAGGGGCACAGAUACCAUAGGACAGGGAGCCUCUGGUAUAUUAAAUAGAGGGGCAGGUGGAUUAGGUGGUGCCAAUCCAUUGGGUGCUGUCAACCCAUUAGGUGCUACCAAUCCAUUUGGUGGAGUGGGAUCACUGUUUCAAACAGGUGUCGAUACUGUAGGACAGGGAACUUCGUCCUUGUUUGGUGGUGGGGCUGGAGGUUCAGGUUCUAGAAGGUCCGGGGCUAAUGGGGCUGAUAAUCCUAUAGGAGGGCUAUUUAAACAGGGAGCUGGCACUCUAGGACAGGGAGCUAGUUCCAUUUUUGGAGGGGCUCAGAAUUUGUUUGGACAGGACAAAUAUGAGCCUAAUAUAGAGAAUUGA